AUGUGGUUACAAAUGUUAUCCAUACUUAUUCUCAUCCAGACAGAUGACGACCUCAACUCCCAAGACACUAAGUCUACGCGCAGAUUGCUUGGCAAGCGUUCUCGUGUCGCAUCUAUCCGUGACGAAGAAGAAGAAGAAACAGAGGGCGGCGAGGCAUACAUCACUGCCUCUGCUGGGUCGAAUGAAAAUCUUGAUCAUCUGGGAGAAGAUCUAUUGCGCAAUCGUGAAUCUAGGGAGGUUGGCUACGUUGGACAAAACUCGGAAGUUCAGUGGUUAAGCAGUGUACAGCGCCAGACCGAGCACACCAGCGUAGAGCCUCGCGAUCAGUCGGGAGCCUAUGGGCCACCUGGUACAGAACGCAAAGAUGUUAACGCACGCAGUGAAGCUCUUCAUGAGCGUCGAAGGAAUGCUGAGGAUUAUGGAGAGGAAGCAUCGUCCAGACACGCCGCUGACACCACCUUUUAUCUCGACAGUGACGAGAUCGAUUUCGACAUCGUUGUUGACGCAUACGCGGAUCCAGAAGCCGAUGUAGCAAAGCGACUCUUUGACUGUUACAUCGACACUGUGCAUCCUUCUUUUCCAUUGUUCCACGCAUAUCACAGCAACCUCACAUAUGACAGCAAGCUCAACCCGGAGGAUCCAGACAAGAAUAAAGGAGCCCGAGUACCCAAAAAAUGGCGUGCGCAGCUAAACCUGCUCUUCGCCAUUGGAGCCAAGCACUCGCAUCUUGUAGGUGCCGAAUGGGCUGGGGCUGAGCGAGACGAUAUCAUGUACAUGCUUAGAGCUAUCUAUCUACUUGGACUGAAAGAUAGUGUCAUGUUUGUCUCGGAGCCUACUAUAGAGAUAGUCCAAGCAGUAGGUGAACCAAGGUCUCUCUUUUGCAUUUGGGUGACAAGGCUUCACAUACUGACACACAUCGCAGACCGGAACACUAGCGCUUUACUUCCUCGUCAUAGGCUAUGUUAGC